GCACUGAACCGGGACAGCAGCAUGUCGAAUCCAAUGUUUCUGUUGCAGCUUUGAAGUGCCAAGGAUGACGCGGGAAGGAUCUUUACCAGUUUGUGCAGAAACAUGUUCCUACAAGCUGCAUGUUUUUUUGCUUGGCCUCAUUCGCACUGCGACUCCCCCAUAUGUCCGGUGCAUUCUAAGAAGCUGACAAUGUAUUUGGCCACGCCACCUGCGCCGCAGGAACGCUUGCCAAGGCCUCAAACCCCUGCAAAUCAGAGAGUGUUUGGGCGCAGCAAGGAAAAUGAAUGGACGUCACCCAUUCGUUCAGGAGGAUAUGGAUCUCCUGCGAGCGAAGGCUCCUCACCGCUCUGGCAAGGGCCGAGUGCUGAGAAGUACGAGAAGGCUUGGCUGAACCAAUCUCCAAGUGCUGCAAGUACCACCGUACCUUUAGAGGUCACUCGGCCUGAGAGCUUCUAUCAAUCAGGUCCUUUGGCUGAGGGUCCGAUGAGGCUUGCCCCCGAAGUGGAUUCGCCAAGACGCACGCUUGAUCCUCCAAGCUCACCAUCGGGAGACUGGCAGGGCUUUUACAAUCAAUGGCUGCAGGAUCAAGAAAGCUUUCAGCAUUGCACUGAAUCCCAAGCAAAGCUCUUGAAGGCCACACAGUGGGCUGCAAAGCACAUCGGAUCAGGCCAUGAAGCCGUGGAGGCAGCCAAGCAACACAUUCAGCAACUGCGAUCGCGCCAGCAUCGCAUGCGUUUUAAUUCCAAUCUUCGUUGGCACAAGGCGAAUCUGGCCUUUGAGUUGCAGCAACUGGCCCACAUGAAGACUCACAAAGAGGAGUCCUUUCAGGCCGCAGCGCAUGCGGCAGAGGUUGACCUGGGCCCUGCUCAUGAGGUUGUUGCAAAUGCACGUCGCAUGGCUCAAACGCUCAAAUUGCGGAAAGUUCACAAGGCUCGAAAAGACCGUGAGGCAAAGCAAGAUCUUGAAGUACGUGCAGCAGCAGAAAGCAAGGACUUGCACGCACUGGCUGGAAGCAUUCAGGUGGCCGCGCAAAAACUUGGCGCAGCGCACGAAAUCGUCGAGCGAGGCCGCCAGGAAUUCUUGCAGCAGCGGCGCGAAUUGCAGCGUCAGCAGUGGGAAGAGUGCGUCCAUCUUCAGCAAGCUCUGAUGGUUGAAGCCUGCGAGUCACAAGAUCCAGAGCAAAUCGAAGCUCGGAUUUUGGCUGCUUCUCAUAGUCCUUUGGGACAAGGCCAUGAGAUCGUACUGUACGGUAAACGCUAUUUGCUUUGGUUGCGACGUGCUAUGCAGCGCCGCGCGCUGGAAGCUCGCCAAUCUCGCUGCGUGAAGGUCCUUCUCCAAGCCUCGCAAGAAGCUACCGAAGCAGAGGUCAGAAGUAUGGAAAUACAAGGUGUGGCCCACGAUGUCCCAGUACCUCGUUGGGAGAAAUUGAAUGACCAAAUAUUGUUGUAACCGUUG